UUCACUGUGAUAAACAGUUCGAUAUCCCAUGACUACGAGUUGACGAGAUAUCUCUUGUAACCUGAUGUUCUGUGAUUCCCAUCUUCUUGAGUAACCCUGGAUGGUUUAGUUGUUGCAAGGAUGCAGGUAGGAAAGGUACCGUUCAGUGAUUUUCUUCAUAGGAUUUCUUCGCUCAUCACAGCUAUCAAAAACGAGUCAUCGGAAUCAGAUAUGAGCGAUAAAUAUUCCACUUAUGAAGAGAUGAAAGAAAAACUUCGAAUGAGACAAGAUGAAAUUUUUAAACUUCAAGCAGCUAAUUCUGAUCUUACUCAAGUAAAUAAAAGGUGGCAUAGGUACAAUAGUGACAUGCAAAUGUUCAUAGAAAAAUUACAAACUACUAUUAGAGAUCAACAAGAACAAAUCAACAGGAUAUUGUCUUCUGAAGAAAGAGUCCCUGCUGCUCGGGAAACUGGUGAAUGUACGAGGAAAUCUUGCAGUGCUACGAGAGAUGAAGUAAAGAAACUAAGAGAAAAAGUGAAACAUCUUGAGCUUCAGGUAAAAUCACACAAGGAAGAUUGGGAGGCAGAAAGAGCUGAAAAGAAAUCAAUUUCUGAAGCAAAGGAUGAAUUAGAAAGAAGGUUUUCUGCAGCUUUACGAGAUCUUUACUCAGCCAAGAAAUCUCGAGAAGAGGAAUCUGAAGCCUCCAGCAGUUGCCCUAUGUGUAGAAGUUAUCAAGUAACACCUAGUAAUAGAAGUGACCUCCAGACAGUCAUUCAUUGUAAUCAUAUCCCUCAAUUAGGAUGCAGGCAAAGAGAUGUUCUGUUUGGAAACGUUGUGUGCGACUCGAGCGAUGACAGAGAUACAGUGGUAACUGGAACCUCUUCAGUGGUGACUGGGACAUCAGGAGUGGCAGCUUCACGUUCCCUUGGUACUUUGUCUGUUGGCAUAAAAUCAUCUUCAUUCAUACCAGUUGCCAGAUCACCUUCUGCGCCCUCUACGACACAUUCUGAAACUGAAGAUGACAUUAGCUGCCCUUCCUGCGAUAGAGUAUUUUCUUCAAGAGUUCAUCUCGAAUUUCUAGAUCAUUUUGAAUCAUGUCAGGGCCAUAGAAACGGCCCCGACUAAGUUUCUAGUUGUGACAUUGGUUAAUUCAUACUUAUUGCAGUUGAGAAGGAAUGAUAUUCUGCUACCUCUCAACUUAAUAUUCGGUUGGAGGUUAAAUUUUAACCAAGAGAUUGAUGUAAAGGAAGGAAACAUUCAUUUACUUUCAUUAAUAAUAGUUGAAAUAACAAUAUAUUUAUGAUAUUUAUUUAAUGUUAUUUUAUUAUUAUUAUUGUUAUUUUUUGAGUUACAAUCUAGAUCAAUUGAAUAUUUUGUAUUUCAAGGAUGGAAAUACUGUGUUUGUUUAUACUUUUUAAAAUGUAUUUAAAGUUGAAGUAUUUUUUUUUUAAUACAUGUAUUUCUGCUAUUUAAAAAAUAAUAAUAAAAUUAGAUUGUUGAUGAAGUGAUUGUUAAAAUUAAUUAAAAGUUGUAAUUUAUAUUAUACAAAAAUAUGGAUUAUCUCUAAUUUAGAUAUUGAUGUUUAAAUGAAUAAAUAAUGUUCAAUGACC